UGAGCCGUGUCUUGUGUGUUAUGUAUAAAAGGCGGACCGGGUCGCGUUUCUUCAGUCGAUAUUUGUAACCUCUUAGGUGAUUUCCACGUGAUCGUAACUGAACCGAUAAUGAACGUACACCCAAAACAGCCACUAACAUAGGUUAUGUCCAGCAGUCCAGUCAGCAAUAUGAACGACACAGACACCGAACGUUUGACUGAAACAACCAGGUGGUUGUGGAGAAUAUGCGGACCACUUAUUUUCAUUCCCGGAUUAAUCGGCAACUUUAUUGCCAUGUGGAUUUUCAUCAAACUGAAAAUCACCUCUUCUAAAGCCUAUUUUCAUCUGUUUAUUUUAGCUGUCACUGAUACUGCAGUUUUGUUCACUAGCCUCGGCAGACUGUGGAUUAAAUACACGUUUGACUUAGAUGUACGAGACCUUUCAGACGCAAGCUGCAAAUUUCAUCAAUUCCUUACGUACACUUUCAUGGAUUUCUCUGGAUGGAUUCUGGUGUCUCUUUCAAUCGAGAGGUUUAUCAGCGUUUACUUUCCUUUCAAAUUCAAAAAAUGGUGCACCGUUAAAAGAGCAAUGUUGAAAUUAGUAGUUGUUUUUGUUUUGAUAUGUGCGAUAAAUGCUCACAUGCUGGUGAUGUACGGACGCGACAAUGACGACAAGUGUAACAUCAGACACGAGAACUUGCGUCAAUACAAGGAUUGGCGUCGUUACGACGCAGACAUAUUUGUUUGGAUAGAUUUGUGUAUUUUAUCAUUCAUUCCGUUUGUGAUAAUGUUUACAUGCUCAGUGUUAAUCAUCCACAGGCUAAAAUACCCGGGCAUGGUUCAACAACAAGGUACAAAGAGACGUAAAACGUGGAUACUGUUGAUAUUGGCAAUAGUUUACAUUUGUUUGUCUCUUCCUAACUCUAUCACCUAUCCCGUUAACGCCUUACUUCCAAAGAACUGCAGUUAUUGCGAUGUCCAGUGGGAUCUUGCCUGGACGGGCACGUACCUGAUACUCUUAUGUAACUACGCCAUAAAUGCUAUUAUCUACACGAAGCAAAGCAAGGAGUUUAAUAAAGAGUUUCAUAAACUCAUUCGUUGCCAGCUACUCAGGAGAAUCUGUAUACCCAGAUGUCAGGAAAAAUCUUUCAGAACACCGACACACAUGAACGGUCACCAUAACAGAAUACAAAACUUGACAUCUUCAAUUACUUUAUCAUCAUCGAUGGGAGAUAGCAGUUUUACCAACACAUGCUCCAGUGCAGGUAGUCUAAAUCAUAGUUCACUGGGCUCUGUGAAACCCGGUGUGUGUAACCCAGCAGAUAUUCACUGCAUUGAGGUGCAUUGUGAGGCAGCAGAAAAUCCUGCUACUGAACAUGUCACUGGUGAUGACGGUGGAAUAAUUACGAGGCGGGCUUUCGAGUCAAAUUAUGACAACUUACUAAAAAGGGCGGCUGAGCAGUCGGAAGGAAAACAUAGCAAUAAUGAUGAAACAGAGAACAGUGUUGUUGAUACACUGAAUAGUGUUGAUGAAAGACAGAACAGUGCUGGUGAAACACUGAUCAGUGUUGAUGAAAGACAGAACAGUGCUGGUGAAACACUGAUCAGUGUUGAUGAAAGACAGAACAGUGCUGGUGAAACACUGAGCUGUGUUGAUAAAAGUCAGAACAGUGUUGAUGAAAGACAGAACAGUGCUGGUGAAACACAAAACAGUUCUGGUGAAACAUUAAACAGUGUUGAUGAAAGACUGUACAGUACUGGCGAAACACAAAACAGUUCUGGAGAAACACAUAAAAGUAUUGGUGAAACACAAAACAGUUCUGAUGAAACACUGAAAAGUGUUGAUGAACGACUGAUCAAUAUUAAUGAAACACAAAACAAUGCUGGUGAAAAACAAAACAGUUCUGGUAAAACACUGGACAGUAUUGGUGAAAGAGAGAACAGUAUUGGCAAAACAGAAAACAGUACUGGCGAAAUACUCAACAGUAUUGGUGAAACGGAAAACAGUGGUGAUGAAACACUUAACAGUAUUGGUGAAACACUGAACAAUAUUGAUGAAACACAAAACAGUGCUGUUGAAAGACUGAAUGCUAAUGGAGAAACACUGACCGGUGCAGGUAAAACAUCAAAGAGUAUUAGCGAAACAGAAUACAUCACUCGUUUGUAAACGAGUAAGUUACCAGUCGGUGUAUUUACAGAACAAACGAUAUAUUUUCUUCAUAUUUAUGUUUUUAUUUUAUUUAUUGAUGUAUUAAUAAAAUAAAACCCAAUAAAA